UAUUUAGAGCAUAAGAGUUUUUUCCAUCUUUAAUGAAAUAUUUUGGUCAUUUUUUUUAGAAAAUAUUUUUGGGACAAAACUCAAAAUAAUCUAUUUGAAAUAUUUAUUAGCCAUGCGUGUGGCCACCAUCAAUUAACAUGGGGUAAAAUUGGCGGCUCCCCGAGAUGCUUUCUGUGAAGUGUACUUAGGCGCUAGUCGGACUAUAUAAGGUGUAUGGAUAUCCGGAUUAUAAAAAAAAGUUUUUGAUGGUAGCAAGUAUAUAGAUGAGAUUUUCUUCAUUCAAAAUUGUGUUAAUUUGGUUUCUAAUCUUCUACAUUCACCACUCAAAUUUUCACUUCAAACAUGAAUUGUAUUUAAAGUCAAAAAUAAAUGACACAUGCUUAGUAACUAGACGCUAGUGUCUAGCAGUAUCAACGCAUGGAUUCACGAGUUACGACUCUUCGUUUUCUAAUAAAGUAAUUAUGAGACCGCUAGGCCUCUGGCCUUCCAUACCCAUAGUCCCAUGCAUGUUACUGUUAACAGCUUCCAAGAAACGUCUGUGCUUUAAAAACGUAGUUUUCUUUUUAUUUGUAUAUAAGAACAUUGAACACUCGGAUCUUGGUUAUAUUUUAGACUUGUACGUCGUCUUUGAGUAGAAUGAGUUCAAGCUCAGAAAUAGUAUCUACAAUUGUGAAGAAGUGGAGAGAGCAUCCACCUUCUUCUUACUCCCUCAAGGUUGACAACUUCAAACAGCUUGAGAAGUCAACAACGUCCUCUGAUGAUAAAUACCAGUCUCGUCUUUUUUCCUCGGGCGGAUAUAACUGGAAACUGAUCGUAUACCCACAAGGGAACAAAAAGGACAAUGGGGAAGGAUUCAUUUCGAUGUAUGUGGAAAUAGACAGCGAAAGCCUGACAUCAACACCACAAUGUGACGUGUUUGCGGAACUCAUUUUCUUUGUCUACAACAAGAAAGAAAACAAGUACUUUACUAUUCAAGAUGUAGAAGUAAAGCGGUUCAAUGCACUUAAGAAAAUAUGGGGGUUGCAGCAAGUUCUUCCAUCUGAUGCUUUCAAUAAACUUGAAAACGGAUACAUCUUCGAGGGAGAUCAAUGUGAGUUUGGUGUUGAGGUCAUUGUUCCUUCACCCCUUACCAAAUGGGAAAUCCUCUCUUUUAAUGAGAAACUCCAGUAUCCCAAGUUCUCUUGGACUGUUGAGAAAUUUUCUCAGUUGAAAGAAGAUAACUACAUAUCAAACACUUUCUCAAUGGGAGCAUGGAAAUGGGUUCUGUGGCUGUAUCCGAAGGGUGAGUCUAGAGCAGAUGGCAAAUGGCUAUCCCUUUAUCUGGUUUUGGCUGAUAGCAAUACACUAAAAGCGGACGAGAAGAUUUUGACGCAAGCAAAUUUGCGAGUUCUAGACCCACUUAGAUCCAAUCACUUGGAACGCAAACUGAACCAUUGGCACAAUGAAACAAAUUCUGGUUGGGGCUGGAAUAAGUUUUUGUCUUUAGCUGAACUUCGGAAGUCUUACUUGGACACGGAAGACGCGUUGACCGUUGAGAUCGAAUUUGAAGUUGUUUCUGCUACCAAAUAUUCUCCCAUUAUCUAAGUACUACGACAUUGCUAUUAGACAGUGCUACUAUGUCUUCGACCUUUUUUUUAUUUUUACUCGAAUUCUGUAUUUUAGACAAAAUUGGUUUUAUUAGAGAACUUCCCUUUGCAGUU